GAAUGGCUGCGUUCAAAGAGAGGAACUCGGAAAGUUUCGGUCCUUUCUAUUUUUUUCGGCAUAAAGUUUCGGUGCGUUUCGGUUUUCUUUAUCCGACUAGCCGGAGUAUUGGAACUCCGUAGCCGUCAAGAUCCUCCGUUAAGUCUGAGUUGUACGGAGCAACGGGAACUAGGGUUUAUAGGUUUAUAGGGUUUCUUCGAUAACAUUUCGUCUUAAGAUCUAGAAAUUUGAGGGAUUUGAAUUCCUAUUUCUGAUGUUUACGCCUCAGAGGAAGGCGUGGACUGGUUUAUCGCUCACGCCAAGAAGCGAGGCUCAGAAGAGCGGUGGUGGGACGGUUUCGAAUCCUGUAAACGGCGGAAAGGGGAAAUCUGUGGCCUUUGUGGAUGGGCCACCGCCUCCGUUGGGUUCUUUGAGUGGAAAGGCGAUGUUAACAGGGAUUGAUGGCGGUGACAUGGAAGAUUGGAGGCGGUUAAGGGAGGCGGGGUUGUUGGACGAGGCGGCGAUGGAGAGGAAGGACAGAGAAGCGCUCGUGGAGAAGGUUUCAAAACUCCAAAACGAGCUUUUUGAUUACCAGUAUAGCAUGGGACUUCUCUUAAUGGAGAAGAAGGAAUGGACUUCUAAGUUUGAAGAACUCGGCCAAGCAUUAGCAGAAGCACAGGAGAUCCUCAAGCGUGAGAAGUCAGCACAUUUCAUUGCGAUAUCUGAAGUUGAGAAGCGAGAGGAGAAUUUGAGGAAAGCUUUAGGCGUUGAGAGGCAGUGUGUGGCUGAGCUUGAGAAGGCUUUAGGUGAAAUGCAUGCAGAGCAUUCACAAAUCAAGCUUUCAUCUGAGACAAAGUUGUCUGAUGCUAACGCUUUGGUAGCCAAAAUUGAAAAGAGAUCUUUGGAGGUGGAAGAAAAGUUGCUUGCUGCUGAUGCCAAGCUUGCGGAGGCUAGUAGGAAGAGUUCAGAGUUGGAGAGGAAAUUGCAAGAGGUUGAGGCUCGUGAAAGUGUUCUUCGAAGGGAGCGUCUAUCCUUAAAUGCAGAGCGAGAAGCACAUGAAGCAACUUUCCACAAACAAAAAGAAGAUUUAAGGGAGUGGGAGAGGAAACUACAGGAAGGGGAAGAGAGGCUAUGUGAGGGUCGGAGAAUCAUCAACCAGAGAGAGGAAAAGGCAAAUGAAAUUGACAGGACUCUUAAGCUGAAAGAGAGGAAUCUUGAAGAGGCACAGAAGAAGAUUGAUUUAGACAGCUUAAAUGUAAAAGUCAAGGAAGAUGAUAUAAAUAAUAGAUUAGCAGAGUUAACUGUGAAGGAGAAACAAGCUGAAUCUAUGAGAGGCAUUCUUGAAGUGAAAGAGAAGGAAUUAAUGGUGUUACAAGAAAAACUUAGCGCUAGAGAAAGAGUGGAGAUUCAGAAGCUCCUGGAUGAGCACAGGGCUAUCCUUGAUACAAAGAAGCAGGAGUUUGAGUUGGAAAUGGAACAAAAGAGAAACUCUGUUGAUGAAGAAUUGAGAAGCAAGGUACAUGAAGUGGAGCAGAAGGAAGUUGAAGUCCUCCAUAGGGAGGAAAAGCUAGGAAAACGAGAGCAAGCUUUAGAAAAGAGAUUGGAGAGAGUCAAGGAGAAGGAGAAGGAGCUUGAAGCAAAGUUGAAAACAUUGAAGGAGAAAGAGAAGUCCCUCAAAGCUGAGGAGAAAAGGGUAGAGGGGGAAAAGAAGCAAAUGGUGGCUGAUAAAGAGAGUCUGCAUCUUCUCAAAGAUGAGCUUGAGAAGAUAAGGGCUGAUAUUACUGAACAAGAACUGCAGAUUCAUGAAGAGACUGAAAGACUCAAAGUAACUGAAGAAGAGAGGUCAGAACAUCAUCGGUUGCAAUUGGAAUUGAAACAAGAGAUAGACAAAUGCAGACAUCAGGAAGAGAUGCUUCAGAAGGAACGUGAAGAUCUGAAGCAGGAAAGGAUUAUGUUUGAGAAAGACUGGGAAGCCUUGGAUGAGAAAAGAGCUGUGAUUACUAAAGAGAUGAGGGAAAUUGGUGACGAGAAAGAAAAAUUAGAAAAACUGCAGCUCUCUGAAGAAGAAAGGCUAAAAAAGGAGAAACUUGCAAUGGAGGAACAUAUUCAGAGGGAGUUGGAAGCUGUCAGGAUAGAAAAAGAAUCAUUUGCAGCCAUAAUGAAGCAUGAGCAGGUAACUUUAUCUGAAAAGGCUCAAAAUGAUCAUUCCCAAAUGCUUCGGGACUUUGAGUUGAGAAAAAGGGAUCUUGAGAUUGAAAUGCAGAAUAGGCAGGAUGAAAUACAGAAACGCUUGCAAGAAAGGGAGAGAGCAUUUGAAGAGGAAAGGGAGAGAGAACUUAACAAUAUUAAUCACUUGAAGGAAGUUGGUCGACGGGAAAUUGAAGAAAUGAAAACAGAAAGGCGUAGAAUAGAAAAGGAAAAGCAGGAAGUUUUGUUAAACAAAAGGCAGCUGGAAGGACACCAACUUGAAAUGCGUAAAGACAUUGAUGAGCUUGGUAUUCUUAGCAGGAAGCUCAAAGAUCAGAGAGAGCAAUUUAUCAAAGAAAGAGAUCGUUUCCUUACAUUUGUUGACAAGCACAAGACUUGCAAGAACUGUGGAGAAAUCACAAGGGAAUUUGUACUAAAUGACCUCCAAUUACCUGAAAUGGAGGUGGAGGCCUUUCCUCUUCCAAACCUGGCUGAUGAGUUUCUGAACAGCCCUCAGGGCAAUAUGGCUGCUUCUGAUGGAACAAAUGUGAAGAUAUCUACAGGUGAAAUUGAUUUGGUGUCUUCAGGUUCUGGUGGGCGCAUGUCUUUCCUCCGUAAAUGUGCCACAAAGAUUUUUAACUUGUCCCCGAGUAAGAAGAGUGAGCAUGUUGGUGUUCAAGUUCUAAGGGAGGAGUCACCUCUCUUAGACUUGCAGGUCAAUUUAGAAAAAGCUGAGGGGCCAAGUAUAGUUGGGCAAAGUAUUGCUGAAGAUGAACUGGAACCAUCCUUUGGGAUUGCAAAUGAUUCCUUUGAUGUUCAACAGCUUCACUCUGAUAGUGUCAUGAGAGAAGUAGAUGGUGGGCAUGCUCAAUCUGUUGAUGGUGUGAGCAACAUGGGCAGCAAAGAACAAGAAGGUCCAGAAGAUUCCCAGCAAUCAGAGCUGAAGAGUGGUCGACGGAAACCUGGGAGGAAACGGAGGACUGGAGUUCAUAGAACACGAUCAGUGAAGAAUGUGGUUGAAGAUGCUAAAGCUUUUCUAGGUGAAACCCCUGAAAUACCAGAACUGAAUGGUGAUGAGCGACCUAAUGAUUCUACCUAUACCAAUGAGGAAGGUGAGCGAGAAACCAGUCAUGCUGAGAAGGCUGCUAGCACCAUUACAAGAAAGCGGCAGCGUGCACCAUCCUCUAGAAUUACAGAGAGUGAGCAGGAUGCUGCUGACAGUGAAGGACGUUCUGAUAGUGUCACAGCAGGUGGGCGCGGAAAGAGGCGGCAAACUGUUGCUCCAGUUGUGCAAACUCCAGGAGAAAAACGAUAUAAUCUCAGGCGGCAUAAGACUGCAGGAACAGUUGCGACAGCACAAGCCUCAGCUAACCUGCCAAAGAGAGAUGAAAAAGGAGGUGAUGGUGGUGACGAUAAUACACUGCAAACAAAGGCAAAUCCUAAAGCUGCUUCUUCACCAUCAUUAGCAGAUAGUGACAAUCCCAAAACAACACCAUUAGUUCAUGUUACAACAUUAAAAAGUGUUGAAAUUCGUGAAUACUCACCAGAUCGGGUUGUUAGGUUUAAAACAGUAGACAUUGUUGGUGGCAACAAUGAUUCAGCCAGGUUGGCAGAAAAUAUGGAGUUGAGGCAGGAGAUACCAGGUAAUCCAGGUGAUACUCCAGGGUAUGAAGAUGAAAAUGGGAGCAUGUCACAUGAGGAGGAUGACAAUAGCGAUGAGGAUGAAUCCGAGCAUCCGGGUAAAGCUUCAAUAGGAAAGAAGCUCUGGAACUUUUUCACAACAUAAUCAAUGCAUUGUUUUGAGUGAUUUUGGGAGGUUCUGAUUCUUUCCUCUAUUGUAUUGGACAUUUUGUGUAGUAGCAUAACUCAGGAAUUCUAGCUUCUGUUGAGGGGAAAAUCUCUUUGGGGUUCCUUGUUUAGGAUGUCAGGACUGAUCUUUGCUUCUAGUUACAUCAGGCCCUAGUUGAUACUGUAUUGUAAUCGACGAUGUAGCUUUAGAACUCAGAUUUGCCUCUAAAUUGUUGGUACUGAAUCUCACCUUUUGUUUUCUCUCUUA